CUGAGAAGCUUAGUCAGGAUCAACGAGCCGAUCUCUCAAGAUCUAUUUGGUUAGCUUGCUUUGGUGACGAGUCGACAGUAUAGACUCGCUAGAUAAACGUCGCGAAGCAUCCGUCGGGUUAGUUUGGCGGAAACGUGAAGAGCAGCGUACACUGCGAUUUCCUUCGUCAGCCAGAGAAAGGAGCAUCCUCAGUUGCGACGCGAGUUGGAUACUCGGGCCGGCCGGAGACACGGGGGGGGGAGCGAGGGGGCCGUAAUUUCGACCUUUCAUACGUGCUAGACGCUGCGAUGGGAUUGUAAAUUGUAAACGGUUCGUCGAGCGUCAGAUUGUGGACGAGAGAGAGAGAGAAAGAGAGAGAGAGAGAGAGAGAGAGAGAGAGAGAGAGAGAGAGAGAAAGAGAGAGCGGGUGAUCAGAGGACCAUCGACGUCGUUCUUACUCCCAAAUACUGUACCGUUCAGUGAGGUGCGAUAGUGGCGUUCGUCGUAUUCGGUGUCGAGGGAACUCGUCCGAAUUACCUUUCCUCGACGGCUCGGACUGGCUGAGAUGACGAUUAUUAAUACCCCGAUGAUGCGACCAUGCUUCACCACAUAUUCUUUCCAAGACAGAAGAUAUCUGCGAAUGAGUAAAUACAAAAGUGUCUACGUUGUUCGCCGAUCAAUUCUUAUCAAGGAGUAACGAAGAGCAUCGACGUAUUAAAAGUCCAAACUACACUACACUUUUUUUUCUGCAAAACUUUAUUUACAAAGUUCUUGACAUUCUUUCAACUGAAUUUUCACAUCUCGGUACUAUACCAGGACAAGGCCGUGUGAAUCAGCUUGGCGGUGUCUUCAUCAAUGGACGACCGCUACCCAAUCAUAUCAGACUCAAGAUAGUCGAGAUGGCUGCUUCAGGUGUCAGACCUUGUGUUAUAUCGAGGCAGUUGCGCGUAUCCCACGGUUGCGUCUCGAAGAUCUUGAACCGUUAUCAAGAGACUGGGAGUAUUCGUCCAGGUGUAAUCGGCGGCAGCAAACCGCGAGUCGCCACACCGGAAGUGGAAGCGAAGAUCGAAGAGUACAAGCGCGAAAAUCCCAGCGUCUUCUCUUGGGAAAUUAGAGAUCGAUUAGUCAAGGAGGGAAUCUGCGAGAAGGCGAAUGCACCCAGUGUAUCCGCGAUUUCUCGACUGAUCAGAGGUCGCGACAAUGAAGAUGACGCAAGAAUCGGAGAGGUGAAAACAAGUUCUGGGUCCGAUUGCGACAGCGAGCCGGGCAUCACGCUGAAGAGGAAGCAACGUAGAAGCAGGACGACCUUCACGGCCCACCAGCUGGACGAGCUGGAGAAAGCGUUCGAGAGGACUCAGUAUCCCGACAUUUACACCAGGGAGGAGCUCGCCCAAAGGACCAAGUUAACGGAGGCCAGGAUACAAGUCUGGUUUAGCAACAGGCGAGCCAGACUUCGGAAGCAAGUCUCCUCAACGACUGGCGGAUACAGCUCCAUGGCCUAUUCAACGCCGUACGUGCUGCACUCGUCGGCACCGCCACAUCCUCACGCUGCGGCAGCCGUGCCACCUGUUCAUCCGCAUCCUCAUGCUCAUGCUCAGAACUUACCGGAUGGGGCAUUUUCCGCGAAUCAAGUUGCUGAUCUGUAUCCCCAUCAUUCGGCAAUGUCUCAACAAUUGGUGGCAAAUCCUCCGCGUCUAUCAUCGUCCAUUGCAUCCGCCCCGCCUUACAGCUUCGCAGCCGCAUCGGCUUAUCAUUCUGCCUCGCUGCUGCCGGCAUCGUCCGCGGUCACUCCCAUGAGUCACCAAGUGUCCCCCGUACCCUCUACCUCAUCUACCUUUCAAGCCGCCGGUCAUCACCAGUUGCCACCGACGCCGAAUUCUCUCGUUACCAUGAUGGGACCGAAUUCCGGCAACUCAAAUUCCGUUCCCGAACAGCUAAAUGCGCCGGAGUUACCAAUCAAUCCAGUCUCGCCGGCCCAACAGCAGCAGCAGCAGCAGCAGCAGCAGCAGCAGCAGCAGCAACAGCAGCAGCAGCAGCAGCAGCAGCAGCAGCAGCAGCAUCAACAGCAACAGCAACAAACCAGCCAGGAGAACGUGGCUCCAUCGUGGAACGUUGCGAUCACCAGCGGCGCCAGGAUGAAUCUCCCGAGUCCGCCGAUGAGCCUUCAGCAACCGCACGCCUACAACGCCCAUCAAGCUCAUCAGGCCUUCGCCAGUUCUUACAGCGCGCAAGGUUUUCAGCAACAAUCGAGGCCAGCCAGUGCCUAUUGGUUUUGAAGUUUUUUUAAUCACCGCGAUACAAACUGAGGGUUAAUUAGUACGGACGAGCUGGAACCUUUCAUUCUUCUUGCUAGAAGCGAUGAUUGCAAAGGAAAUAUGAGCGGUCGAGUUGAUGAAGCCGGUAAUUUUAUUCAAUCAGUGCAGAGGUACAUAAUCCAAAUUACUCGGAGAUUAAAAUCUAAAUGUUUGGCUAUAUCGUAAGGUAUAAUGUAUCGCGGAGAACGAUCUGAAAUAAAAAAGCUGAAUUAAGACGUAAAUAAAAAAGGGAGAAGAUAAGAAGGGCGAUAAAAGACUGGACUAAUUACACAAAGAGAUGCAUUUUGUGUCUCGUUUUCGAUAGCAGA